AUGAGUUCAGAACUGUUUUCACCAAUUCGUGUCGGCAGGCUUGACCUUGCUCACAGGGUUGUGCUCGCCCCGUUGACGAGAUGUAGAGCGGAUUCUGCACAUGUGCAUGGUGACCUGGCAGUCACGUACUAUGAACAACGUGCAAGCGUUCCAGGAACCCUACUCAUCACGGAGGCUACAUUCAUCGCUCCAGAAGCGUCAGGUUUGAAUGGGGUUCCAGGUAUUUGGAGUCGAGAACAGAUUGCAGCGUGGAAAAAGGUUACGGAUGCGGUCCAUGCAAAAGGAUCCAUCAUUUAUCUACAGCUCUGGGCGUUGGGGCGACAAGCCAAUCCAAAGGCCCUGGAAAAAGAAGGAGGGUACCCGUAUGUCUCUAGUUCUGAUGUCCCUAUGCAAGGGAAACCAAAACCUCGGCCGCUUUUUAAAUUCGAAGUGGAGAAAUAUGUGGAUCUGUACGCAAAGGCGGCGGAGAACGCAAUCGAGUUUAUUCAAGACGUCUGCAAUACUAGGACAGAUGAAUAUGGAGGGUCUAUCGAGAACCGUGCUCGGUUUGCAUUAGAAGUGACCAAAGCAGUUACAGCUGCAGUUGAUAUGAGGAUGAAAGACCCCAUUCCGACGUUUGAAUAUUUGAUCCAGGAAUUACACGACGGGUUUCCCCAACUCGCGUACAUUCACCUGGUCGAGCCUAGGAUUGCCGGAGAUAAAGAUGGGCGGGAAAAGGACCCCGAGAUCAAGGUGGACUCGAAUGAUUUCGCAAAGAGGAUCUGGGGCGAGAGGCCGUAUAUCUCUGCUGGAGGUUACACUCCAGAGAGCGCCGUCAAACGGCCUGAUCUACCAGAACGGAUCAAACGCGGUGUACCUCUCAAUGAACCUAAUCGCAAAACGUUCUAUACGCCUGGUCCCAUAGGAUAUACUGAUUAUUCGUUCCUAGAGGAGACGCCGAACUCGACCCAAGGCCUGGGUGCAAUAUUAGGAGGGGAAUGGUGGAGGGAACAGGUGGAGAAACCGGGAGCUCCUCAAGCACAGUCCAAAGGUACACGAAGUCUGGAGACGGCCCUUCAGGGCCUCCACCAGAAGAUGGAGAUCCAGACUGUUACUAGAAUGGCUCUUGAGCGCUUUAGCGAUGGUCCUGCACAGAGUCAAGUCGGUAAAAGUAGUACUACCAACCCUGUUGGGAAUUUCUUGCCUCAACCAUCGCUUUGGGCCGGGUACACCCGCCUGAACGAAUCGGCUCCCUGGCACGAUCACUUGACUGAUCGAAUCCAUCGUCAAGAGAUACGUCUAUACCCGCAAUCCUCAAAGGUUCACUUUUCCGAAAAGACGACAAAGCUUCUUCCAUUACGGCACCUAAUCGGGAAAAAGGCGAUCCUAAAGAGUGUCACGGAACAGUCACGUCGAGUGUAUUCGAUCUCUACUGACAUUCGGAUGAUAGUUGCAGGUCUCAGUACGGAUGACGUACGAAUGAAUGAGUAUUCUGCUGUCGAAAGUGUUCGUAAAAAUCAGUGA